UCUUGGAUUAGAAGACUUUUAUUCUGAAACAAUCCCGACAGAAAAAUACACGGCAAAGACAGCAAAAGUCAUAGAAAAGAUUAUAAAUGAUGUUUUGAAAAUUAAAUCACUAGGUUUGGAAGAAGCAGAUGAUGAGAAAGUUGUAGAAAACGUUUUCAAGACACCAUGGCUUUCAAAUUGGAAGAAAAACGAUAUAGGUAUACAGUGGAAAGAAAUAUCUUAUGAAAGGAAACAAAAAUGGAUUUUCAAAAAUAGUCAAGUCUAUCAUUUUGACCGAUUAGUUGACACAUGUGCCUUCAAGCUGGGACAGAUGCUACAAUGGAUGUGUUUGGAAUGUUGGGAAGGGAAACAGGUUUGAAAGAGUUCAAUGUAUUGAUGAAGAUGUGCAUUGAGCAAUGUAGGGAAACUGAUGAUGAGAAUGUUGCGAAGGAACAGAUUUCUCAAGUUCUUGAACUUUUUAUAUCAAUGAAGGAGCAAGGUUUCCCAAUAGAGGAGGAGACUUAUGGUCCAUUUCUUAUGCUUUUAAUUGAUAAGGGUAUGAUGGAAGAAUUUUAUUUCUUCUAUGGCAUUAUCAAAGAUACAAAUCCUAGUGAAAUUGCACGAUUAGGCUAUUAUGAUAUGUGUUUAUAUAUCAGAGUCAAUGAUGAAAAGAAGAUUCAGGAACUUUGCAGUUGUAUUUGUACUGAUUAUGGGGACGAGAAUUUCAGUUUACGAGAAAAUUAUUUACUGGCACUCUGUGAAAGUGACCAAAAGAAUUACCUGUUGCAGCUGUUAGAGACUGUGGAUAUCACAAAACUUUCAUCCUUGGACAAUGCAGUCAGUGUCUUUAAAUCCUUAGGGAGGCUAUCAUUGGAGUCCUAUGUAGAGAAGUUUCUUUUGGUGCUCAAAAAUUGUGAUUAUGGAACGGAGGAUAUUUCAACUCUCAUCUUUAGUUAUGCUACUAGCAUUCCAAAUUUAGCGGUGAGAAACUUCUCAUGAAUGCUGCUGGUAACGUCCUUGAGGCCAUUAUGCAAUGAGGAACAGCUGCUUAACACAUGUAGUUUGCUUUUUUGAAACAAACUCAUUCUGAGUGAACCUGGGGAGAAUUGAAUGUUGCUUGCGUUAAUAAUUAGUCUACAAUAGUAGGUUGCUUCUGAUUGACUCAGUCAUACUAGCAAUAUUAUGAUCUUUCAAGAUUUCUAUUUUCUUUAUGCUCAUUUAUUCAUUGCCUGUUUGGGCUACUGAGGUGGUGUUAACAAGCCAACUUUGCUUUUAGACUGAUCAUGAAUUGGAAAACCAAUGGGUAUGAAAAUAAUUCGUGUAUGGUAACAGCAAGGUGCAUCAUGCUAUUGAUAUGGUAGACCAACUGUGUGAAGAGGUUUUCACAUAUCCAUAAACACAAUACAUUCUAUGUUGAAUGCUAGUGAGGCAAGCCUUGAUUUUAAUUUCGUAUGGUGUUCACUCUAAAUGUCUUUGCAUUAAAUAUAUGUUAUAUUGGUCAUUUUGGAUAAAGUAGUUCUGUUUCAAGUCAAUUAUAGAAUUCAAACAUGUUAAAUUUGAAUCUCUUGAUUCUACUUGUGUGUUGAAGUCUGAUCUUAACCCGCCUGAGCUUGAUUAUGUUAGAUUAGUUUCAUUUAUGUUAACAUGUGUAUUUUAAUAGCCUCAAAUGCGGUUACAAAAAAACAGUAUACUUCUUCACUGCAUUUCAGUUCCCUUGAUUCAACAAGCAAGACAGUCUUUUGCUUUCAUUUAUUGAUUAAUCCCAUGAAUUAUUUUUGCUGUUUGAAUUCUCUUCAGUUUUAUUCUGCUAUUGUCUGUUCUUCUGAAUUGAUUUUUUUGUACUCAUCUGUUCUCACCUUGAUGAUGUUUAGGUUCAGCGAAUCUAUUCAUUGAUUUAUCACCUGGACUUGACACCAACUAAUGAGACAUUUAGGAGAAUGAUAGGUUUGAGUGUUAAAAUGAAAGAUUUUGAUGGUGCAAUUGGUCUGCUCAAUGAUUUGAAGAAAUUGAAUUUGACACCAACAACUGCCAUGUAUAAUGCUAUAAUGGGUGGAUAUUUUCGAGAG